AUGCCGAGGGAAAUCAUCACCCUGCAGUGCGGGCAGUGCGGGAACCAAAUCGGCGUGGAGUUCUGGAAGCAGCUGUGCAACGAGCACAACAUAGACAGGGAGGGGAUCCUCAAAAAUAAUAACCACCUGAACGAGGACCGGAAGGACAUCUUCUUCUACCAAGCGGACGAUGAGCACUUCAUCCCGAGGGCUCUCCUCUUCGACUUGGAGCCGAGAGUCAUCAACAGCAUCCAGGCGAGCGAAUACCGGAAUUUGUAUAAUCCAGAAAACAUGUUCAUUUCUAAAGAAGGAGGAGGAGCAGGGAACAACUGGGGGUGUGGGUACAGUCAAGGACAUAAAGUAGAAGAAGAAAUCAUCGACAUGAUAGAUCGGGAGGUAGAUAAUAGCGAUAAUUUGGAGGGCUUCAUUUUAUCUCACUCGAUUGCUGGAGGGACAGGGAGCGGGAUGGGAAGUUACCUACUGGAACUUCUAAAUGAUAAUUACUCCAAGAAGGUCAUUCAAACCUUUUCUGUGUUUCCUCUCCUGACGAAUGAGAGCAGCGAUGUAGUGGUGCAACCCUAUAACAGCAUCCUCACAUUAAAAAGAUUAAUUUUAAGUACAGACAGUGUCGUAGUCAUAGACAAUACUUCUUUAAAUAGAAUCUUUGUAGAUCGAUUGAAGUUAAAUAACCCUACCUUUCAGCAAACAAACACCAUCAUCUCCAAUGUGAUGUCUGCAUCUACCACCACGUUGAGGUACCCUGGUAGUAUGAACAACGAUAUGAUUAGCCUCAUUUCAUCUCUCAUUAUAAAUCCCAAGUGUCACUUCCUAGUCACUUCUUAUACACCCAUCACCAUCGAUAAGCACCUCUCCAAUGUGCAGAAAACGACGGUACUUGACGUCAUGAAGAGAUUGCUUCACACGAAGAACAUCAUGGUGUCCGUGCCAGUCAGGAGGGGCAUGUACAUCUCCAUCCUCAACAUCAUCAGAGGGGAAACAGACCCUACGCAGGUACACAAGGGACUGCAACGGAUACGCGAUCGGAAGCUGGUUAACUUUAUCAAGUGGAACCCUGCCUCUAUACAAGUCACUUUGGCCAAACCGUCCCCUCACGUCGUCUCCACUCAUAAGGUCUCCGGACUUAUGAUGGCCAACCACACCUCCAUUUCGACUCUCUUCGAACGCUGCGUCACUCAGUUUGAUAGACUCUUUAAGCGAAGGGCCUUCUUAGAAAACUACAAAAAGGAGCCCAUGUUCAGCAGCGCCGACGGCCAGGGAAACUUCGAGGAGAUGGAGUCCUCCAAGGAGAUCACGCAGAAUUUGAUCGACGAGUACAAGAGCGCCGAGCGGGACGACUACUUCAGCCACGCCUACCUCUGA